AUGGCAAGCUCGUCAAAUGAUGCAGGGAAGGGAAAAAGCAUUGCUGAAGAGAGAGAAUCUGAGAGAGAGUUUCUGUACAAGGAUGAGUUGCAGCUGGAGUUCGUGUUCAACGUUGGCCAUGUGAAAGACUUCGAGUUGAGCAUGCCAUAUAGGGCACAGUUGACCAACGACAAGUGGAACCUGUUCCUGCGUGUGCCCUUCUUCGAAGAAAUCCUGUUGCAGUUCCUGAAAGAGGAUGAAGAUGUCAAAGAGGGACUCCCAGUGACCGUGUACGACAAAGGGGGACAUGAGUUCCCGAUGAUGCUCAAGAAAUUUGACAAAGAUUCCGUCACUUACUAUGUGCUGAAUCGAGGGUGGUUCAAUUUCUGCGACCAAAAGCGCUUGCAGGAAAACGAUGUUGUUGCAUUGCGAACUUUUCGCCAUGCAAUAACUGACAAGUUAUCCAUCGUUGUUACUUACACAAAAAUGAGACCACAACCACAACUUCCCACCUUGUAUAAUGCUAUGGUAAUGCCAGAAACUCAACACAACCAUCAGUUCCGUUAUCAAGUGUUGGGGAAGAAAUUCAUCGUGUCAUAA